GGAGCACAGCAAGAGCAGCAGAGGCCCAGGUGAGCAGCUGGAGUUGGGCUGCAGAGCCCCUCUUGGGGUGGGGGUGGGGAGGAAGGGGGCAGACCCCUUGAGUUUUGCAUUGUCUGAAAUGGUGCAAAGGAGGGACUCAGGAGCCAAGUAGCCGAUGGGCCUGAGGAAGAUCCCACCCGUGUUCCAGCCCCAUCUGUGUGUAGGUGAUGGGCAAGGCCUCUGCCAGUCAGAGGAGACAAGGCGGGCCUUGCCCUGCGGAGAGAAGGGGGAGAGGGGGGCAGGCUGAAGGGGGAGCUGCAGCAGGCGAGUCUCAGGGCAGGUCCUUCUUCUCUCCUGCAGAACUUCCCCGGUCCUUAAGCAGCCCCCAGCAGCAGAGGAUGGAACUGAAAGCAGCCGCCUUGAUCUUCGGCCUCUUGGCCAUUGCAGGGGCCCAGGCUGAUGUCAGUGCCGACCAGGUGGCUGAUGUGGUGUGGAACUACUUCACGCAGCUGGGCAGCAAUGCCAAGGAGACGGUGGACCAGCUCCAGCAGUCCGAGAUCACCCAGCAGCUCCAGACCCUCUUCCAGGACAACCUGCAGACUGUCAGCACCUACGCUGGAGACCUGCAGAAGCAGGUGGUCCCCUUUGCCACAGACCUGCACGCUCGCUUGACCGAGGACUCCCAGAGGCUGAAGGAGCAAAUCCGCCAAGAGAUGGAGCAGCUCCAAGCCCGGCUGUCUCCCUUUGCGGACGACGUCCACCAGCAGCUCAGCAGGAACAUCCAGGAGCUGCAGGCCAAGCUGGCCCCUUACGCGGAAGAGCUGGGCACGCAGGUGGAGAAGAACGCGGCAGACCUGCGCCAACAGCUGGGGCUCCUGAGGCAGAAGCUGCAGGCCAAGCUGGAAGAGAACGUCGGCAACCUCCAGACCUCCCUCUCCCCCUAUGCCGAUGAGCUGCAGGAGCAGAUCAACCGGAAGGUGGAGGACACUAAGCGGCAGCUGAGCCCCUAUGCCGAUGAGAUCAAGGCCAAGGUGGACGAGAGCAUGGCAGAGCUGCACAAGAGCUUGAGCCCCUAUGCCCAAGAGGCGCAAGAGCAGCUCAUCCGCCAGCUGGAGGGGCUCUCCUUCCAGAUGAAGAAGAGUGCCGAGGACCUACGCUCCCAGCUCACUGAGCAGACCGAGCAGCUGCGCCUGAAGCUGAGCCCCUACGCCCAAGAGUUGAGGGAGCAGCUGGAGGGGGGCAGGGAAGACCUGCGUGAGUCCCUGGCUCUCUAUGCCAAAGGCCUGGAUGGCAAGGUUGGCCAGCAGAUGGAAGAGUUCCGCCAGACGGUGAUGCUCUACGGGCAGGACUUGAACAGGCAGCUGGUGCAGAAGGUGGAGGAGAUGAGGCAGAAGCUGGAGCCUCACACCAGCAACGUGGAAGACCACCUUGUCUUCCUGGAGAAGGAUGUGAGGGACAGGUUCACCUCCUUCUUCGACAGUUUGAGGCAGCUCGGGAACUAAAAGGGGCCCUUUUCGCUUCCUACCCAACUCCUCACAGUCCAGCGUCCCUGACUUCUGGCUCCACAGAGCUUCCUUCUGUUCCCAGACAAUUUCUUCUUUGCUUCCUGCCCACCCCAAGGACAUGAAUGAGAAGCCAGCGGGACUCAGAACUGCACAGCUGAGUGGAAAUGGGGCCCUGUCUCCAGCCUGGGGGGAGGGCAGCUCCCAGUUCUCUUGGGACUGCUCAUUUCCAUGUUCAGUCAGACCUUGAGCUGAAAUAAAGCAGCCCCUUUACCAGGAGCCUCCAUUAA